UUAGGUCAGAAGAAGUGAUCACUUUCAAAGAUGUUCUCACUCAGUAGCAGUGCCAGGAAGGUGUAGGGUUUCACAGGCAAGCGAAGGAGGGACAUACACAGCUGGUUUACACUCUGGAGACUUCUGCAGUUUUGUUGUUGCUGGUUGAUGAACUUUCUUCAGGUGUUGCUGUCCUCUAUCCAUUGAUGCGCAAAACACUGUGUCGUAACCUACCUACUUUUAUCCCAUUUCUUUGAGUAAGAGUUGUAGAAGAAAGACUGGAAGACAUGUUGCGGUUGUUUCUAAUUUCUUCUGUCUUCUUCCUGCCCAGUGCGUGGGGCCAGAGCAGCAGCAAGUUAGAUGUGGUGGUGGAGGCCCGUAACAUCACCCUCCCAGCCGGGACCCAGGCCGUGCUGCCCUGCCACAGCCCCCGCAUGGUGUGGACCCGGGACCGGCUGAAGGAUCGCCAGAGGGUGGUCCACUGGGACCUGUUCCGGAGCACACCAGAGUACUCUGUGGAAAGGAUACUGGACAUGUCUGCUGGCGUCAAAGAGAGAGUCUACAAUGGGUUCAACAAGGGCCGCAUAACCAUCCCCAAAACCGCCUUCACUGACGGGAACUUCUCCCUCGUCAUCAACAAUGUAGGAACAGCUGAUCGAGGUGUUUAUAGUUGUAAUCUCCAUCACCACUACUGCCAGCUUCACCAGUCCAUCAAGAUACAGCUCAACACCACCAAGUCAGUCCGUAAGGAGAAGCGUUACUGGGACGGGGACAAGACAGUGUUUGUGGUGUUGCUGGGGAGCUCUGUGGUGUUGCCUUGUGUGAACAGGCGGCCCUUGUGGAUGGAGGGCCAGCAGGAGGACCAGCAGCAGGUAGCCCACUGGGACUGGCAGCCACCUGGGGUGAGACCUGAUGGAGCUGACCGCCUGGUGGACCUUUACGCCUCUGGAGAGCGCCGGCAGUAUGGACCACUCUUCCCUGUGGACAAGAUGAGUGUCUCUGAGGAUGCCUUCUCUGUAGGGGAUUUCUCUCUGACCAUCUCUAAUCUCCAGCCUGUUGACAAGGGCCUGUACUCCUGUCACCUGCACCACCACUACUGCGGCCUGCACGAGAGACUCAUCUACAGGCUCAUGGUGGGGCCUUCACUGCCCCCACCUCCUCCGGUCCUCACCGUUGUCCCUGCUGCCCCUGCUGCCCCUGCUGUCCCGACUGUCCUUGCUAUCCCCCACACACUCCCCAAUGAUGACCCAAGCCCUGAUGUGGUUGAACUUGAGAGACCACGCGUAGUCAACGUCAUCCUCCCUGAGUACUCAGGGCACUUCUUCCAGCAGAUGGUCUACUUCCUGGCUACCUUCUUCCUCCUAGCCUUCAUCAUAACAAUCGUCAUUGUGCUUACCCGACGACGCAGAAAGAGAGGGCUGGAGUACGACCUGCGAAGAUCUGAACGGAGUCAUGUGACUGGCCACGAUGACAUCGCAUUGGAUGCCACAGAGCUGAAGGUCUGCACCCAGGAAUACCCAAAUUCAGACUACAAAAACAACCUACUGAAAGAGAGAGAUAUGUCUAAAGGCUGCAAUAAAGAAAUGGAUGGAAAGUUGUGGAUAUGAGACAGAGAGAGCUGAUAUGCCGCUGGCGGCUCCAGAGCAGACACACAUGAAGAGGAAACAAGGGUUUAUAAUGGUGGAAUCCAAAAAGGACAGGAGGGACUCUCUUUUUAUAGACACCCCUUACCAAACACUCUUACCAAACACUCUUACCAGACACUCUUACCAAACAAACACUCUUACCAAACACUCUUACCAAACAGUCUUACCAAACAGUCUUACCAAACAGUCUUACCAAACAUUCUUACCAAACACUCUUACCAAACAGUCUUACCAAACACUCUUACCAAAGCGUUUCUGUUGCUGCGCCAGUUUUUAAUAUUUUAUUUCAAAUUUUCAUACUUGUGUAUUCUGUAUUCUGUAUUCGGAUCUGCUGUUAUUUCAAUAUGGCUAAACAUGUCUUCAAUUUUAUAUUGUACUACACAGAUAUUUGAUGUCAAGUAUUUUAUAUUACAAAAAACAACCAGUGUGUGCUUUUCAACAUUCCUUGUCUUUUGGUACAUAACAAAAUACCUUCUAUCACCAUAUGACUUCAUUUUCCGAAAGCAUGUUGUCUUUAAAUGUAUGUGGGAAAACUGUCAUGUUCUGUUUUCUGAUUUCAGAGCUCAGCAAGCUCAGAAUUAGUUGAGAAUGUUUAUUAAAGUAUUUGCACAAACCUGUAAUUUACUAGUAAUAUACUAGUAACAUUCAUUCUGUGUGUAAAGGGUUUGUAAAGGGUCACAAGUAUUUUAUAGCUAUGCUGUUAAUUAUUAGUUCAUAACUUGCUUAGAAAUCUGUAUUAAGCCUUUAUACCUGUUAUAAUGGUAUUCUUACCAAGUUCAUGCGAUUGAUGAUCAUGGACCACAAAGAAAGGCUAUACAUGGAAUAAAACUCAGGAAAUCAAGCCUUAAACAGAA